UAUCCGUGACUGUAAAACUCUGUAAAUCCAUAAUAAGAAAAGGGAAAAAGAAAAAGAAAAAGACGAGGGAGCGGGAGAGAACCCCGAAACGCAAAAAACGAAAAGCCUUCCUUCUUUCUUUCACAGCUUUUGUUGUUUGUCAGAGAGAGAGAGAGAGAGAAUCGUUGAGAAUGGGGAAUCAGAAGCAGAAGUGGACGUCGGAGGAGGAAGAAGCGCUACUGGCGGGAGUAGCGAAGCACGGCCCAGGGAAAUGGAAGAACAUUCUCAAAGAUCCCGAUUUUGCUCCUUUCCUCACUUCCCGCUCCAACAUCGACCUCAAGGACAAAUGGCGAAACCUGAGUGUUAGUACUUCUGGGCAAGGCUCUAAAGAUAAAUCGAGGACUCCAAAAGUAAAAAGUGUAGCAGCUGCUCCAGUCCCCAAUGUGCCAAAUUCUUCUCCUGCUCCUCCACUUCGUCAUAAGGUAUCUGCUGACUUUGUCACGGUUGAUCCUUCUAAUAGCACACAGGAAGGAAAGAAUGCUCCACGGUACAAUGCAAUGGUUUUUGAAGCUCUUUCAGCACUAAAAGAUACAAAUGGAUCUGAUAUAGGUGCCAUUGUCCGCUUUAUUGAGGAAAGGCAUGAGGUGCCACAAAAUUUUAGGAGGUUACUUAGUUCAAGGUUGAGAAGGCUUGUUUCACAAGGCAAACUUGAAAAGGUCCAAAAUUGCUACAAGAUCAUAAAAGAUACCGAGUUGGGAACAAAAACACCUAGCCCAAAGCAAAAGGAUGUCAGGCCUCGGCAGUCACUGAGCUCUGGGUUAAUGACCACUAGUGAGACUGUGGAUGAUGCCGCUAAUGCUGCAGCCUACAGAGUAGCUGAUGCAGAAAACAAAGCAUAUAUGGCUGCUGAAGCCGUUAAAGAGGCAGAAAGAACCUCAAAGAUGGCAGAGGAUUCCGAUUCAAUGCUACAGCUAGUGAAAGAUAUCUAUGAAAGAUGUUCACAUGGUGAAGUUGUCCUCUUGGCUUAGGUUAUUGGUAGUAGUAAGUUUUUCUUUAUUGGGGUAUAACAUGGAUGUAUGAUUAGAUGAUAUCUUUGUAAAUUCAUUGAUCCAAUGCAACGGUCGCAAAUUUUUCAUGACUAUGUGCAUCACCAUUUUCAUAGACAGCCAGGGUGGGGCAAGGGGGCAACUGCAGUUACCCUUGGGGGAGCUUCCUGGAAGAAUCUAACUGUUCGUUUUUUUUUUUGUUUUUGCAUUUUGGUUUUGCUUUUUUGGUUACACCUUCUCGGUUGUAAUCCUCCCCAAACCAAAAGCAUAGCCUAGAGUACACCUAAACUAGUGUUGUUGUGUGUGUAAAUAAAUGUAGAUAGUAAUGUUCCAAGAUUUUGUUGGUUGACAAGAUUAUUUCUGGUUUGGUGCCAUCGAUCAAAUUCUUAUGUCUUCCUUUGAUUA